AUGGAACACGAGGUUUCUUAUAACUUCGAGGACGAAGACCAGUUUUGGGCCGCUCUCGAAGAGACCGUUUCCCGGGACUGCAGUACCCAUGAUAGCAUCGACGAUACUCUGCGAUCCUACAUAGAACUCAUUGGGUGUUGUCGGGGACGCUUCCUUCCAACCGACGAUGAUCUCGGCCGAUGCGCCUUCAAGCUCCAAGAGUCGACGCUAUUCGCAAUCCACGCUGACUACAUCCGCCGACAAUUCGUCCAGUGUCUGAUUGAGGACGACGAGCCAAAUGUCGUGCUGGUGUCAACAUCCUUCUUGAUUACCCACGCGCAGUUGAACGAAAAGACAUACGAGCUGUUGAACGACGAAGGCGCAUUUCCAAGACUGAUCCAUCUCAUAUCGAGUCCGAAGCAACAUGGCCACGAAGGAAUCCACAGGCUCCUCAUGGCCCUGCUCUACGAAAUGUCACGCAUACAAAAGAUUAAAAUCGGCGACCUGGCGUAUGUCGAUGAUGACUUUGUCAAGAUGUUGUUUGAAAUUAUAGAACAGGUUUCUGACGACGUCGAUGACCCAUAUCACUAUCCUACCAUUCGAGUUCUGCUUGUCCUCAAUGAGCAGUUUAUGGUCGCCGCUCAUGACCCUGCCAAUGGUCAAGCUGCAGUGCCUCUCACCAACAAGGUGAUUAAGGUCUUGUCUGCCCAUGGCAGUGAGUAUAAGACCUUCGGGGAGAACAUCAUCCUGCUGUUGAACCGUGAAGAUGAAACGUCGUUACAGCUUCUGACCCUCAAAUUACUCUACCUCCUUUUCACAACGCCACCUACGUACGAAUACUUCUACACCAACGACCUGCGUGUGUUGGUCGACAUAUUGAUUCGGAACCUGCUUGACCUGCCUGAAGAGGCGUCAUCCUUGCGCCAUACCUAUCUUCGUGUCCUAUACCCCCUUCUCGAACACACGCAACUACAGCAACCUCCACAUUAUAAGAGAGACGAAAUCCGCAAAUUGUUGGUGGUUUUAGGCGGAGGUCACCUUGGCGGCCAAAACGGUUCUCAUGAGGGGUUACAGCAUUGGGGUCAUUUUGAUGCGGUUGAUGAGACAACAAAACGGCUCGUCAAGCGGUGUGAAGGAGUCAGUUGGCUGAUUGAUCCGGAGACCGAGCCUCCAGUCCAUGCAGAGUCUCCAACCGACGAAGGAGCCUCUGAUGUGUCAUCGCCAACCUCUCCUACAAAAGCUCGCCCGCCAGCCCUUCCAGCACCUCGGAAACUGAAGAAACGGAACUCUUCCAAAGGUUCCACAUUGACUAUUGGUCAGUAUCUCACCCCUCGGCUUGAAGAAGCCAGACAGUCCAGUUUAAGUAUGAUGGAAGUGGCGGCACAAAAGGAGAAACCAGGGGUCAUCACCCCAAGCAGGAACCCAGGUUUGAAAAACAAUCUUCGAGCCGUCAUAAUGCAAAAGAAGGAGAAACCUCCCCCGCCACAAGCAAGGAGAUCCGGCUUGACGCGCAUGAAAGCAGAAAGAAUGGAGAGCGAUACCGAAAUUACGAAGACAGAGAUCUCGAGUGCGGAACCUGCACCGAAAGUUGAGGUAGAAAAUCGCACCCAAAACCACAAUCAUCACCAUCGUCAUCCCCCUAUUCCCUUCCAUCAUCAUCACCACCACCACAAUCAUGGAGCAGCCUCCCCAUUACCGGCAGCUGAAGAGAAAGAUAAGGAAAAGGCCAAUCCACCUCCAGUUCCUUCCCAUCACAAGGGCCACCAUUUCAGCAAGAAGCCCCCACCUACUCCGAAGGCACGGCGCAGGCGAGGUAGAGAGGGCAGUGGUGACAGCGCAAGGGAACCAGGCAAAUUCAGCUCGAAUCUGCCGUCCAUUGUCACAACGACAACAACAGGCGAUAUAAUACCCGAGGCAAGUCCUUUCUCGCCAGUGGACAAGACAUUCAGCCCCUCGGGACCAGAUUCCGCGUCAACAAUCGAAAGUCGUAUGAAGCUCCCGGUCAGCGAGGCGUUGGAGCGGGCACAGGCCAGAGCUCUAGCAGAGAUCGAGGAGACAUUGGAGCACGUCGAGCUUGAAAAGCAGGGCGAGGCAUACAUUGCUGGAGAAGAGGGAUACCCAAAGUUGCCGGCAAUAGAAGCGGGAAAAGAGGACGAUGCUGAGGCUAGCAGCGCCCACCACGUGUCCCAAGAGGAAAACGGAGUCGAGAAUAAGGAAGAGCAACCGGGGAUGUCCCGUGCACAUUCUCAGGAAGAAAUCGACCAACAGUUUCACGAUGCAGUCCUCAAUCAACCACUCUCGCAAUCCCACACUCUCUCCCCCACACCCUCACAAAUCCUAAUACAAUCUCGAACAUUAUCCCCCUCCCCGACUGCCGAGGAGAUGUCCACGCCUCCCGAAUCCAUCACACCGUCCAUGACCAUGAACAUGGCCACUGUUACGACGAGCACCAUCGCAAUGCAGCAAGGUCAGACCCAGCCCAGAAUGGUCCUUACCCCGCCCGCGCAGGAGCCAUCCCGAGGAGUCCCCGGCCCGCAGUAUCAAUUGGAGAGAAGCCCAUUCCUUACCGACGAGGAGGUUGAGGAAGAGGAGAUGGACCAGAUGGAUGAAGAUGAAGGCGAGCGAUGA